UCCCCUCCCCUCCCCCACCCACCCACUCACCCACCCUCGGCAUCUCCUUCCCAGUCCCUGGAGUUGGUAUGACAGGAACUCAUUAUGCUGCUUUCCCGACUUUCCCGGGAAGGCAGAUAAGCAGGAGGCGGAGGACUUGACAAGGGGAAAAGGCGGUGGCGCGCUCGCGCUUCGCCGAAGCCUGGCCCGCCCUCCAUUUCUUUCCAGUCUGACUUUGUCCGACGGAUUCCGGGCUGGUUUUUGCUAACCCUUCCCGCCAGCCUGCUUUCCCAGCAGCCAUGAACCGCGUGGGGAAGAAAAACGAGGAGACUCUCAUCGAGAUGGGGCAGACCCACGAUGGGGAAGAAAGUAAUGGACCUUUGUUUGAAAGUACAUCAAAUACAGAUUCAGAAUUUCCAUGCCACUGGCAGGGCCUAAGUACCACUGAGACCACAUUGCUCAUCUCUGACCUUCAAGGGAAGUCUGGAAGGAGAUUCAAUCUGUUCCUGAAGCGACGUCUCAGGAUUGAUAAGAGACACCAAAGCAAGGAUUCUGUUUUCUUCAGAGAUGGUAUACGGAGAGUAGACUUUGUACUUACUUAUGUGGAUGAUCCAAAAAUGGAUGGAGAAAAAAAAGUGGAUCGAAGGCGAAUGUUUGAGAACAAUCUAGUAAAAACAGGUCUGGAACUAGAAACGGAAGAUAAGAAGGAGUCUGAAAAUGACAAAACAUAUUUUGUGAAGAUUCACGCCCCAUGGGAAAUUCUGAUCACUUACGCCGAAGUACUCAACAUCAAAAUGCCCAUCAAAGAGAAUGAUAUUCCCUGCCCAGUGGAGAACCCAUUGGACUGCAUAUUCGCGCCAUUUAGGCUACCUGAGAUUGUGAUGCACCCUGAACCUGACUACUUUACAGCACCAUUUAGCAAAGAAAGACAGGAAUUGUACCUCAUUGAUGAUGAGAAUACGUUUUUCUCGCCAUCUGUCAGAAACAGAAUAGUUUUUUAUAUUUUAACAAGGUGCCCAUAUGGAACAGAAGAAGGGAAAAAGAAGUUUGGAAUCAAAAGACUUCUAAAUAAUGGCACCUACUCUGCUGCUUACCCUCUUCAUGAUUGUCAGUACUGGAAGAAGUCAAAUGACCCAAAGUGUGAAAAUGAAAGAUAUACCUUAUAUAGGGAGUGGGCCCGUUUUCCUAGGUUUUACAAGGAACAGCCCUUGGAUCUUAUCAGGAAGUAUUACGGAGAGAAGAUUGGGAUUUAUUUUGCCUGGUUGGGUUUUUAUACUGAGAUGCUGUUCUUUGCAGCUGUUGUUGGUUUCAUUUGUUUUCUGUAUGGUUUGUUCACAAUGAAUGAAAAUAUGAGCAGCAAAGAAAUAUGUAAUCCCGAUAUUGGUGGAGAAAUUAUCAUGUGUCCAUUAUGUGAUCGAAAAUGUGAUUACUGGAGGCUUAAUUCAACUUGUGAGUCUUCACAGUAUUCCCAUUUGUUUGACAAUGUGGCAACCCUCUUUUUUGCAAUAUUUAUGGGCAUCUGGGGUAAGUGUUGUCUCGACCAGUUUAAAAACAGUUUCUUUGUAACUAGCGGAGCUUGCCACUCCGCGGGCAGCCUGAGGCAACUGCCUCAGCAUGUUGUUUUCAUUGUAAAAUUUUUUGUGGCCUGGAUGAUUCCAGAUGUCCCAUCUGAGGUGAAGGCCAAAAUAAAACGUGAGAAGUACUUAACACAAAGAAUCUUACAUGAGUAUGAACUCAAUAAAUUGAAACAGAAGUUAUGUGAAAGUAGGACCUGUGCCAGCAUGGAAAAGGAAGUUCUAGCUAGUGAAGGAAUAGUGGAGUUAUCAGAAGCCAUGGAACUCUAAGAGUGACACUUUGCCUGGAAUCCCAGCCUGUGAAAGUUUGUUGUCCAGAAUAUCCAAUGAGCUCUAUCCAUAGUAUGCCUUGAAAGUUUUCUGGUAUUUGUAACCAAUCUACUUCCUAAAAAUAUUUAGGAAGGAGACAAUAUGGUUUGACUGUUGGGCAGUCAACAGAUCCUUUCCCCCCUUUAUUUGGGCUCUUUAACUUUGAAGGCUUCAGUUUAAGGCAUGGCAUUCUCUCUUCCACUGCCUUGUCUUUGUGUGAUUAUGCUUUCUUUGAAAUACUAUUAUCUUAAGUGUUUUUGUGAUGAAUAGUUCCCAGAUUUCUGUGCUGUAAGCAGGAAUUCAAAGUCAAUCAAACUGCCAAGACUGAAAAGGACUUCCCCUCAUUAGGUUUGGAGAGUUGCCAAGAAAGAUACAAAAUUCUUCCAACCCGGAUUUUUAUGAAUGCAUGUAUAAAUCAGAUGAUAAGGCCAAGAGUCUGAUGUGAGGUCUUCCACUUAUUGCAUGGUGCUAUAGAUGGAAAGGAAAUUGUGUUAUUUUAUCAAUGUCUUGGGAUUUUAAAGAACAUCACAUAUUAUGGUUGCCCUUACUCAUUUUAAUAUACCUCUUCCUAAAUUUAAAGUCAUAAUCAGCCUAUUAAUAACCAUUAGCUUUGAGAAUUGAGACGAUUUAGCAAAGCAAGUACAUAUAUAUUAGAGAAGCUUUUUGGGAAAGUUUCUUCCAAGAGGUAGAUUAAACAUAAUGUUAGAAAAUCAGAUGCCUUGCUCAGUAUUAAAGAAGUACUAUUCUGUAAUUCUCUCCUUUCCCAUAGGAGCUAUUGUGUUCUUUUUAAGCUUUGGUCUUCAUUAAGUAUUGAAGCAUUUAAUACUUGGAAAAUCUUACACAUAUCAUGAAUACAUUUCUGUUGCACGACUAUGCACCUUUAAAUGCCUUUUUGAGGUGGACAAUCUAUUUGCCUGCUUUUAAAGGCUCAAAUAAUUACAUUAUAGAUUAUUUUUCAGUAGGGUACAAUUAGAAUUUGAUUACCUUCUAAAUCAAAACUUAAAACUAAAAUUAAUGUGAAAUUUAGUUGGAAAUUAUUUGAUAAAAACCCAAACCACUGAAUUGAUAUGAUUUUUGUCCACUAAUAUGCUAUUUUAACAUAAUUGAAUAUUAAAAUAGCAUAUUUUUAGAUACCUAAAGAAGGGCUAUCAGCAAAGCCAUUUCUUGUGACUCUGCCUUAAAAGUUGAUCUGUUUCUUUGUAAAGAGUAUGUAUCCUUAGUAAUUAAUGAAUGAAAAAUUAUGCACAUUGUUGUAGUCAGAGUCCCAAUUCUAAGAAAUCAUGAUUGUUUAAAUAUUGUAAAGGAAUGUUUCCUUAGAAGGGUAUGUUAAAACAACUUUGCAGAUUUAUUGUCUUAUUUAUCAGUUUUAUGUGUCUUAUGUAUGUGAAAAUAAUUAUAAGCCUUUUACAUUUGGUUUCCUUGUUUUGUUAUAUACUUUUAAAGAAUUGCAACUAUUUUUGUAAAUUCACUACAAUUUUAUAGCCAAAUCUAUUCUGCCAUUGCUUAUUGCUAUUAUUGCCAGUGCCUUGUGUAUUUUCACUUAAGUAACAAAGAAUGGAUGUGAAAGUGCUAGUUCUCUUAAUCAUAUAGCAUAAUGUGAUAUACAAAUCAGUUCACAGGUAUCACUUGGUUAACAGCUUUUAUAUUCAAUCAUGUCAAUCAGUAACUUAUCCAGACAGGAGCAAGUUUUGCAAACUUCCAGUUGAGUUAAUUCUUUAUAAUGCAAUUGAAUUGUAAUCAAGGUGUAUAAACAUUACUGGAUUUGUCAGUCAAAAUGAAGCAUGUUGGACAUCAUAUUUCAUCAUGAUGAAGUAUUUGUAUUAAUCAGCUGUUAAAUAUUGGAAAUGACAGUCCGCAUGUGAAUCAGAAUUUCUAUUUCUGAUAGUAAAAUAUACCUUCAAAAUACUAAAUGGAAAAUGUUUAAUCAAUGAAAACGUUAUUUUUGAUUAAUAAACGUAACAUUAUUCCCAGUUUUAUGCAUACAGUGCUGCAUAAACUGUACAAAAUCCAAAAAUGACUAUGCACAAUGAUACUGGAUGUCAUUUAAUUUUCUUCACUCAAGUUUUUCUGAAUCGAAUCAUUUUAUAGGUUUCGAAUAAUAUUAACAUAGCCUCAGAGCAAAAUAUUUGGAUUUCAAAACAGAUUUCAAAAUUGGUAUCAAUAUAUUGCAGACUCUUCCAUCUUUUUUCAUAUGCAAAUACAUAAAAUCUUUGGCUUAUGCUAUAACUUGUUUGUUCAGGAUAACCAGUUGCCUAAGAUUGGAUGUCAGUAAUCAUCAUCCUCUCAUCCAGUAUCUUAUUUAUGCAUAGGUCAUUGAAUCAGUGCAUAACUUAUGGUGUUGGAUGUAUGUUUGGGAAAAUAGUGUGACAAUAAUUAUUGUCUUUUGAAUUGUACCGAGAACUAACCUUACCAUCUUUCACAGAUUUUGAAUCAAAUUUUUAUCAUCCUUAAACAGCCUUGUUUUUGUUACUAUUUAUGAUUAGUUUAAUGUGCUAAAGAAUACCA